CUACUGGCGACUUCAUUCAUCCUCGUGUAGUUAAGGAGGCAUCUCUCUAUACAUCCCCUUACCCUUCCACUGUCACAGUCACGCUUGGCGACAAUCAGGCCAAAAUCUUCGUCGAUUGUGUGGUGCCUGAUCUCCCAUUCUCCUUCCCCUUGAGGAUGCCACAUAGCCUUCGCAAGGCCCCUUGACCAAUGGACUUUCGACAUCAUGGAAAACCUAUACGACCUUGUUCUCGGCACCUCCUACUCUCAUCAGUUCGCCCAUUCUAGUCCCGAUUGGAUCCACAACGACCUCGUCCUCGACGCCAAGGAUGGGAAGCAAUAUCGUAUUCCAUUGUCAGGAAAAUCGGACUUUACACCCCCCUCUCCUGUCAAUGUCGCCAUUUUGACACCUACCCAGUUUCACCACAUUCUUCGUCAGCCUGAUGCCGAACUCUACAUUGUCGACAUCACGGAUCUCCUUGUCUGCAACUCCAUGCAUCAAGACGCUGAGCUGGUUGAGCUCGACCCACUACCCCCCGAGCCUCCCGACCCCCCCGAUCCUUCACCCUCCUCAUCCUCCUUCACCCCCGCUAGCUCAUCUCACCUUGUUGCAUCUCUUACCAUGGAGGCGCCAUCGGUACCUAUCCCCAUACCGACUCCUUCCACCCCUGCUUUAGAUGUUGCUGCUGCCGAGGAGUUUGACAACCUCCUAUCGUCUUUGCAGCCUAGCGUUGCGGACCUCUUUCGCGAGUAUCGAGAUGUUUUCCCUCCAUCUAUCUCCUAUAGCAGCAUCCCUCCUAUGCGCGAUAUCGAGCACCACAUUCGGCUCGAACCUAACUACCGUAUUCAACAUCGUGCCCCAUAUCCCCUCUCGGUCCCUGAAGCCCAAGAACUUAAACGCCAAAUUGAUGAGUUGCUUCGUCAGGGCUUCAUUAAACCGAGUACGUCCCCAUGGAGUGCACCCGUCCUCUUCGAUUGCAAGAAGGACGGCACCCUCCGCCUCUGCCUCGACUACCGCGGCCUCAACGAGUAUACGGUCAGAAACAGUUAUCCUAUGCCCCGCGCGGAUGAUCUGUUCGAUCGCCUCUCCGGCCACCACUUUUUCACGAAGAUCGAUCUUCGUAGUGGAUAUCACCAGAUCCGCGUAGCCGAGGAGGACCAGCCUAAGACCGCUUUCCGUUCUCGUUUUCGGCACUACGAGUUUACCUUCCAGACGGCUAUGAACACGAUGUUCCAAAACCAUAUUGAGGACUCGGUUCUAGUCUAUAUUGACGACAUCUUGGUCUACAGUCGUACCUUAGAGGAGCAUCUGUUCCACCUUCGCACUGUCCUCCAGCGAUUACGCGACCAUGGGUUUUAUGCGAAGCUCUCCAAAUGUUGCUUCGCUCAACCCAAAGUCGACUAACUGAGGCAUCAGGUCUCCGAGCACGGACUCCA